AUGACAAGUGACGGCUUUAUUUAUCCAAUCAACUGUGGUUCUGCUGCUUCGAAGGUUGAUCGUGUCUCGCAACUCUCCAGUAUGAUUAACGAUGAACGUAAAGUGUUACUAAAGGAGAUUCGCUCUCGCUUAUUGCGUCUUAAACGUAUUGUUGACGAAAAACUAGCUCGCGAUAUUGUGGUAAACAAGCGGGAACUGGCGUGUCUCAAGCGUUUUUCCUUUGUUUUUGAUGAUGUUGAUACACUUGAGGCAAGUUCUAAGAAAGUCGUGGAUAAAGUAAUCAGGGCUGUUGAAGUAGAGGACGAUGACUUACUUAGUAACUUUGAAAUUUUUCCUCGGACUGAACCAAUUGAACCGCCGCCUUAUCCAAGAAGUGAAGAACUCGAUGUAGGAACUUUGAUCUCUGAUUACGUUGGGCAAAAUCAAUGCGGCUUGUUCGAUGAGGCCUUGAAGGGUAUUCGGAUGUCUGACAUAAUUGCAGCCGUUGAUAUGGAAAGUGGAAAUUCGAAAGCAGGCAAGAAAGUCAAAAGGAAGACUGGUCGAACAAAAGGAAUGAUUAAGCGGAAUAGCCAACCAUCAUCUAAGAAAGCGGGAAAUAGGGACCAGUUGCGAAGUCUUCCCCCCUUGCUGACGCAAUAUGUGCGGGGGUUUUUUAAUGUCCUUCGGAUCAUUCUGCUCACUAUGGGGGAUACAGGGGAAGGUCUAUCUACGGAACGCCUCUGCGAUAUCGUUCAUUUCUGGAAUUCCAGUCCUCGUGUCCAACGAACUAACGCGCCGUGGAUAAGCAAGUGUUCCGAUUGGUCGGAAUUGGUGCGCCCGACGCUGGUCCUUCUCUCCGGUAGAUCUGCUUUGGCCGGCUUGAAUCGUACCAUCUCAAAGGCUAGUGCUUCAUCGGCGGACCUGGAACACCUUCUGCCCCCAGCUUUCGUGGUCUUCAACGCAGCCACGCGGACAUGGCGUUGGAUGGGCAGUGGGCUGGAGGAGGAGAAUGAAACGAACCUCCUUGCUCGUCUUUUCGCUCUGUGGGUGAAGAACGGUGGCUUAAAGCAACACAUUCAAUCUCACUUGGAUGAAGUAGACAAGGAGUCAGAUGAAGACGGGGACGAGGAUGAAGAGGAGAGGUCUCGACGGAGGGCACUGCGCACAGAUCGGGUUCCCCCGCCUUAUUUCGCCACGGACUGGCAAUGUAAGCUGUCCACCCCUGAGCAGCGGCGCAUAUUCCAAAUCCAGGAGGAGGAACGUUACUCGCGUCCUUGGGCGCCCUACGUCUACAACCAGCAUGGUUACGCCGCGGUGGUGGGUCCGGUGCUACGGACUGUGGGCGGUGAAGGUGGCAAUCGCAUGCGUACGGCGUUGUCGGCGCGUGAGCAUCCCCUGCUGCGUCCCAACCGCCCUCCCUGGGUGUCUCUCUCGGAGAUCGUGAGGGAUGCCGUCGCUCGACUACCCAAUGGUGAAGGCACUCGGCCUGAGAUCGCUAUGCUGGUGCAGGACAGUGGCUUCCUCGUUACCUCUUUUAGCCAAAAGCAGUUGAAUCAGUGUAUCAGUUCAGCUCUUGACAGGCUGCAAAGUGAGGGAGCGAACUCACCGGUAAUGUAUGAUCCUAUCCAGCGGCUCUGGAUCUACCGAUUCCGGCAUCUCUCUCCGCCCGAUUUCUAUCGUCUUUACAAGGACCAGAGUGCCUUCCAACGCGAGCGCUUCUUCCAGAUUUACCCUGGGGGUGGUUACCGGCGUCCCACAAAUCGACCGCAGCCAAGGAGACGUCGCGAGGAGCCUCUUGAUGAUCGACAUAUACCGGACAUUGAAGAGCUGACUCGCGAGGAGGAGGGGGAUGAGGAGUACUAUUCUUCGUCGACCGAUGACAGUAGCAGAGAAAUGGGUGAUGCUUCCAUGGCAUUCUUCUCGCAACCGCGAAGAAUGCGUCUGGAGUACAAACAUCAACAUCAAAGUCACCACUCUGGGGAACCGUGUCAUUCAAGAACCUCGAUCGCAGUGACUCUCGCAGGCGAAUUGAGGUGUUGGAACAAUUGCGGUCACAUCCGCGACCCUGUAAUAGGCAGCGGUAAUUGGGAUAACGGUUGGAUUUCAGCGGGCGUGGACGGAGCCUUGACUUCCAGUCCCCCGAAUUGUUUUCACUGCAAAGUCGCCGGCGACUUGCAUUACGUCGAGGUCAUUUGUCAGCGCCUUGUGCGCAUUGUCGCCGUUUCGCAUCUCGGUGCGCGGAGUGCCGGUGUCGUUGAAGUAAUGUACCCUGAGGACCCAGCGGAGCUAUCGAGCUCCAGCUCUUCAUCUUCUGAUGCUGAAAAGAUUGAAACGGAGUCUUUGGAGACUGAGAUUUCUGAACUUACUCGACAGCUCGAGGUGAAUCCAUAUCUCUAUGACGCUCAAGUACGCCGAGUAGCCCUUCUUCGAAAAGUUGGCGAACUUGACAGACUCCGUGAGGCACGUGAAAUGAUGUCCAAACACUUUCCUCUCACACCCAAGAUGUGGCUACAGUGGACCAAAGAUGAGGCUUCUCUUCUUACCGAAGGCGAUGAUCGGGAGCCUAUUUAUCAGCUUUUUAAAAGAGCUUUGUCUGAUUAUCAAAGUGUGGACGUGUGGUUGGAAUAUUGUCAAUUUGCUAUCGGUGGAAUUGGAUUGGGUGAGUCAGUAGAGCUCGAUCGCACCCGUGCCGUGCUGGAGGAGGCCGUGGCCAACCAGGGUCUCAAUUUUGCCCAAGGCGCAGUCCUAUUUGAGGUCUAUCGCGAGUUCGAGACAAUCUGUCUUGCUCAAUUGCAGGCCAAGGGUGAUCCUGUGGCAAUUGCGAAUCAAGUGAAGAAAAUUGACAGUAUUUUCCGGCGUCAGUUAAGCAUACCACGUGUUGAUAUGGAUCAAACAAUGGAGGAGUAUAAGUCUUUUCUGGAGGGAAUAGCGGAGAGUACUGAUGGUGGAUUAUCUGACGAUUGCAAGGCAGCCUUCGAAUCAGCUCAAGCAAAGUGGCAAGCAGUGGAGAAUUACGAGUCAGCUGUUGCUGACAGCGCUGAAGAGAACUCUCUUCUCUCGGCCUGGCAAUCUUACCUCUCAUGGGCGGUGGAGCAUGCUUCCCGCAAGGGCACUCGCGCGAAUUUCGUAAGGAAGGCGGCCACUGCCGACGCGGAAAUCGCCUUUACACCGGCGGAGGUCCUUUGUCUCUUCGAACGGGCCCUCACCGAUCUUUGUCUCCACGUCUCCAUAUGGCUGCAAAUGGCUGACUACCUGGAGGCACACGUAUCCACUGAUCGGCAGCGUCUCAUCACCACUUUAGCACGCGCCGUGCGCAACAUACCCUGGAGUGGUGAGCUCUGGUGCCGCUACGCACUGGCCUGUGAAGCGCAUGCGUGGGAUCUUGCAACUCCAGCGGACUUCUCGUGUAGCAUGGACGGUGCUUCAGCCGAAUAUCCGGCGUCUCACCUCUCUAAGGAGUUUGACCCUGUCAAAGACAUCUACGAAAAUGCUCUAAAGUAUGGUUAUCCAUCAGCAAGUGAUCUAAUUGCUGUUUGGUUGGCUUAUUGUGAUUUCCUGCUACGUGUUCUCCGCAAUUCAAAGGAUUCAAGUCUCCAAGAACGAUCCACCAAAAUGUUGCGCAGCACUUUUGAAAGAGCCCAAAAUCAUACUUCCGCGGCCUUCCCCAAUCAAUCUGAGCAGGAUUGUCCAAUCUACCGCUAUUGGGCCUUUGUUGAGGCAAAACACCUCGGUGACAAGGAGCGCUGUCGUGAGCUCUGGAAGACGAUGCUUAAAAUGGGCAAUAAUGGUAACAACCCUGCCUUUUGGAUUGCCUACUUGGAUUUUGUAAAGCAACUCGUGCGUGUGGCAGGAAUGGCGGUUAACUCGGUGACCGGUGACUACACGGAAACGAUCUUUCAGACGGCACGCAGGUGUCUCGCGGAAAGUGGUCUGGAUUUCAAACGUUUGCGUGACUUUGACGCCAAGGUCGCUCAACGCCGAGUUCGUCUUGCCGGUCUGGGAGCCUCCAAAAGGGUGGAGCAGGAGGAUGGUGCAGAUCAUGCGCCAUCUCGACAGCGACGCAACCUCCCAGACUCUUCAGCGGAGAGGGCCUCUAAAACAGGGAAACGCAAACUUGAUGAAAGUACAUCCUCCUCAACUGUAACAGCUGCUAAACGCCAGAAGGCGGAUGUUGAGGAGCCAUCGAAAAAAAGCGGUGGCGAAGUCGAAAAUGCCGACCGCCCGAAGCACGGUGAAACCGUUGUCCAUGAUUCCUCCAAGGAUGAUCAAACUGUCUUCGUUAGCAAUCUUCCUUUCUCUACAACUGAGGAGGAGUUAAAAUCUAUCUUUGCCAAGUGUGGUGAAUUGGUCUCCAUCCGCCUUGUACGUGACUACGCGGGCAAAUCGAAAGGCUUCGGCUACGUAGAGUUUGCCGAUGCGAGCAGCGUGCCUGCAGCCCUUGAACUGGAUCGCUUGCCUAUCGGGAGUGGUAGCGGCGACAGUGUAGGCAGUAGCGCCAGUGGCAGUAUUGGUGGUCGGCCCAUGUUCGUCUCGGUGUGCGAUACUAAUCGCUCAAAGUCUGUCUUCGCCUACAAAACUGGGGUGCCGGAGCCUAACAAACUCUUCGUCCGCAAUCUAGACAAAGUCACCACGGAGGAGGCUCUUCGUACCUUCUUCGGCAAGCAUGGUCGAGUGACAAGCGUGCGUAUAGUGACCUUCCGCAACGGCGUGCCCAAGGGCCACGCCUACGUGGAGUUCGCAACGGAGGAGGAAGCCAGUCGGGCUCUGGUUGCCACUGACGGAGUUGUUUUUGGCUCCAAAGCGAUUUCUGUUGCCAUUAGCAAUCCGCCGCCACGCUCCGCCGCAUCAACUGUCCGCUCUACCCAUAGUCAGGUGAAACGCAAGGAGCCUUCAAUGCACCCGCCUGCACGAUCAAAGGCACACACACAACUCGCCUUCAUACCGAGAGCGCUCCAUCGUCCGGCCGCGGGGGAUUCAACUCCUCAGUUGCCGUCUUUGCCGUCGGAAGCCACGUCUGCUGAAUCGGGGGAUAUGACGACACCGAGAAGCAACGCAGACUUCCGAAAAAUGUUUUUAAAUAAGUAA